CACUCAAGCUCGAGAGAGAUGCAGAGCCCCACUGCUCGGCCGAUGUCACCGACGACCAGCUCGCCGCGGAAGGCGCUGAGCGCGCACUUCGCCACGCUGCAGCGCGUGCUGCGCGGGGAGGAGCCGCUGGACCAUGUGGCGGUGGUGCUCAAGGCUUCGCUCUGCACGAACAUUCUUAUCGUCAUUGUGAUGACCUCGGUCGCCAUCGCCAGCAACUCGCUCGCGCUCAUCUCGGCGCUCGUGGAGAACAUGGUCGACCUCUUCGUCCAGGGCCUGCUCUGGUACGCCGGCACGCGCUCCGGCAAGAAGCAGGACUACGCCAAGUACCCGGCCGGCACGUCGCGCUUCGAGCCCGUGGCCAUCAUUGUGGCGGCCAGCGUGAUGGUGCUGGCGUCGAUCGUCUUCAUCCAGGAAGCUGUGAAGAAGCUCGUCGACGGCUUCUCGUCGGAUGAACCCGAGGCGCCGCACCUCUCGGCUGCGGCGAUCGCCAUUGCUGUCACGGCCGUGGUCGUGAAGAUCGGCCUCAUGUUCUACUCGGCCUGGAUCCUCAAGUCCACAGUCUCGGUGGCGGUCGAGGCCAUUCACCAGGACAACCUCAACGACACCCUGAGCAACUCGUUCGCCGUUGCGGCGUACAUCAUCGCCGCUGUCGAGCCGAAGGCCUGGUACGUCGAUCCUGCUGGAGCCAUCCUCAUUUUCGUCUACAUCAUGGUGGCCUGGGGCAAAAUGGCGUGGGAACAGGUCACGCAGCUCGUCGGCGUGUGCGCCAGCGAGGAGUUCAUCGAGGAAGUGAAGGACCUUUGCAAUCGCCACCACCCGUCGAUGUCGCUGGACAUCGUGCGCGCUUACCACUUUGGCUCCAAGUACCUCGUGGAGCUCGAAGUUGUUGUUCCCGGCGAGAUGUCGGUGAAGCUGGCGCACGAUAUCGCCCUUCAGAUGCAGUUCAAGGUGGAGAACCUGGAGGAGGUGGAGCGCGCGUUCGUGCAUGUGGACUACCAGGCCCGCGACUACGACGAGCACGUGGUCUCGCGUGAGGAAGACGCGUUGCUAGUGUACGCUGGCUACGAUGCUUCGUGCGAGGCGAGCGGGCAGUACGUGAGCGUCCCGAUGGAGAACGGCGAGCCGAUUCCGGUAGCGGUGGAGGUGAGCGAGACCGCUGCCCCGGACACCCCCACGGCCACGGCCUUUACUGAGUUCAAGGGAUAA